CACUCGUCGCCGGGCACCUGGGGCGCCCAGGGCCGUCGCCCUACGCACAGACGAGGAGUUUCCGGGGCUGGAGUCCCUGCAGCCAGCGCAGGGAACAAGCGCGGAAGAGAGUGGGCGGCGGGAGGCGGAGCAAGAGAUGCGGGGGGCGUGGACGCGGCCCGCUUUGGAAAGGCCCCAAGUUAAUGAGGCGUGCGCCGGCAGCAGAGCGCCUUUCCGAGCUGGGCUUUCCCCCGCGGUGCGGGCGCCAGGAGCCGCCUUUUCCGCUGGGUGUCACUCGGGGGUGGGGGGGAUGGCCCAUUCAAAAGCGCCGCGAGGGGGCCCGGCCAGUGCCUUUCAGUGAGCGCUCGAAAGAGGACGGCAGAGGCCCGGAGGCUCGCUGCUCCGGGACCUUGUGGCGCAUCAGGACGCGGCUGCCCUCCUGCCCGGACCCCGAGCCGCCUCCGCCGCCGUCGCUCUGCUUCCUGCGCGUUAGCCUUCUCUGCGCGCUCCGGGCAGGCGGCCGCGGGAGCCGCUGGGGCGAGGACGGCGCGCGGCUGCUGCUGCUGCCCCCGGCCCGGGCGGCUGGAAGUGGAGAGGCCGAGCCGAUCGGCGCCCCUCCCUAUGCCGGGAGGAUGUUGGAGAGCAGCGGCUGCAAAGCGCUGAAGGAGGGUGUGUUGGAGAAGCGCAGCGACGGGUUGCUGCAGCUCUGGAAGAAAAAGUGCUGCAUCCUCACUGAGGAGGGGCUGCUGCUCAUCCCGCCCAAGCAGCUCCAACACCAGCAGCAGCAGCAGCAGCAGCAGCAACAGCCCGGGCAGGGGCCGGCCGAACCGUCCCAACCCGGAGGGCCCGCCGUGGCCAGCCUCGAGCCGCCGGUCAAGCUCAAGGAAUUGCACUUUUCCAACAUGAAGACCGUGGACUGCGUGGAGCGCAAGGGCAAGUAUAUGUACUUCACUGUGGUGAUGGCCGAGGGCAAGGAGAUCGACUUUCGGUGCCCGCAGGACCAGGGCUGGAACGCCGAGAUCACGCUGCAGAUGGUGCAGUACAAGAACCGUCAGGCUAUCCUGGCGGUCAAGUCCACGCGGCAGAAGCAGCAGCACCUGGUCCAGCAGCAGCCCCCGCAGCCGCAGCCCCAACCCCAGCCCCAGCCCCAGCCCCAGCCUCAGCCUCAGCCUCAGCCCCAGCCCCAGCCUCAGCCUCAGCCCCAGACACAAUCUCAGCCGCAGCCCCAGCCCAAGCCCCAGCCGCUCCACCCAUAUCCGCAUCCGCACCCUCACCCGCACCCGCACCAACUACCGCACUCGCACCAACAACCGCUCUCACAACCGCUCUCGCAGCCGCACGGCCACCGGCUCCUCCGCAGCACCUCCAACUCUGCCUGAAGGGGGCAGCACCCGGGCCAGACCAGGUUUUGAGGACUUAAAGUGGGACGAACACCUGUCUAUUGUCUUCACUUGAAUCGAAAACAAAAGUCUCCCCGCCCUGCACGAGAUCGAGUAGUUUGGACCUCACCCGACUGAUAACUUGAGAUUCCUCUUAGUUUUCUGCAUACUCUUCAUCACAAUGCAAGAGACGGUUUCAGUCCAGAAGGCUUUAUUUAUGAACCUUUGAAAGGCUCUUCCAGUAUGGUGGACCUUCUAGGAGCGAUGAUGUACUGUAAUUUUAUUUUAAUGUAUUUUGAUUUAUGAUUAUUUAUUAGUUUUUUUAAAUGCUUGUUUUAAGACAUUUCUGAAUGUAGGCCGUUUUCCAAAAGAGAAACUUUUAUUUUCAAAAACCUAUUCCCUAGUAAGUUCUGAUCCUGGAAAAGAAAAAAGUAGAAGGGCGGUGGAGGGGAAAACCAUUAAGAACUCAUUCGUUAUUCCUAGGCAUUUUCAGAAGGUCUGACACUUUCAUUGUUAUGCCAGGUGGUUGAAAUUAAACUCUGAUAUUACUUCAUUUUUUUUUUGAGAUUUUUUCUUUAGACAUAUAUUUUCUGUAGAAGUUUAAGAAAGCUAAGUGUUCAAAAUUGUGUAAUUAUGAAAAUCUAACCGCUUUUCUAAAAGGAAAUUCAUAGUAGUGGUAUCUAAUUCCAAAUAUUUAAACCAUAACCCAAGGUGACAGCAGGAUGAGCAUAUCUUGAAUGUACGGUAGGGCUGGGUGUAAUGUAGGAAAAGCUUUGCUUGUAUCAUCCGUUUGAAGGGCUUAGUAAGGAGAUUUCCAUGGUUUCUGAGUAUGACUGCCUUAGGUGUUUCCUUUCAAAAAACACAGUGCAGGGGAAAGAAAACCAUUCAGCUUGCUUAAGAGAACAUUUGUGCUCUUAUCCACACGAGAGAUUACCCUUCUCCAAGAUCUUCACAUGCUCCGCUUGAACCACGUUUUCUGACCCUUUUACCCUAGGGUCUAGAAAUACACCCUAGAAUCUCAUAGCUUAAAAUACAGUUUGUAAAUAUUUCAAAGGACCAGGGGUCACUGCUUUUAGGUAUUCAUACUGAAAAUAACGUUGAUCAGAGAAACCCACUGUUUUACUUUUCAUGGCUCUGUGAGACAUUUGAGGGUUCUAUGUUUUGUAGUUAGGUUAGCUAAACUCAGAAAUUGAAAAAGGAAGGACAGGAUAAACACUGGAUUUUCAGUGAGAAAACAACCCAGUCUUGUUUUAGCAGCCACUUGUUCAGGAGUCUGAGGGGCGGGGUGGAGGGGGGAGGAUGUGCUUUUAAAGGUAGAACAAGCCCUCCUCUGUGUCAAAUCAAAAGGAUGGUCAGAAUCCACAAGGGCAGAUGCUACUUAAGCUUAAAAAGAGCAUAGUUGAUACCAAAUCUUCCUGGGGCUGAAAAUCACUUCCUAUCUGCAUGGCUUUACUGACAGUCUCUGUUUCCCAUUACCUUUUCCGCAAAGUCUUGAUCAGUAUUUUUCCAGCACUCAAAUUGGAAUGGUCAGGAUUAGGCGAUUGCUAUGUUAUGUGGUCAAGAAAUGAAAAUAGAAUUUUAUGCUAGAGAUGUCUUUAUUCUCCUUCCAUCUAGAAAGGAGUCUCAAGAUCAGAUUCCUGUUUAGUGCAAUAUUGAAGUGAUGAAACUUUGAGAUCACAACCCGAAUCUGAAAAGUUGUGGGGCAAGACUACAAGUCAGGCAAAUGGCAAGCAGAACUGAAUUGGGCUCUCGCUUUCAGUGGCUAAGGCACGGUUGUGAAAAUACGCUGUAAAGAUUUUAUAUAUACAGGAUACAGGCAACUCAGACAGCAAAUCUGAAGAGUUCUUAAGUGUGAUUUGGCUUCUGAGAAGCUACUGCUGUGCAUUUUAGAGAAUGCCUCUUUGUACUGUCAUUUUAAUGCAUGCAGAUCAUAUAACCCCCAAUUAAACCGCAGUUUUUUAUGUCAA